AUGCUUAGAAGGGAUUCUUUUCCCGAUAGAUACACGUUUACGUUCUUGCUGCAGGCCUGUGGAGCUGUUUUUGAUCUGGGUUUGGUGCAACAAGUUCAUUGUCACGUUCUGAAACUGUUUUCUUCUCAUUGUUUGUUUGUGGCAAAUUCUCUGCUCAGUGCGCGUUUGGCAUGUGGCUCAGAAUUGGAGGCAUGGUUAUUGUUCGAUGAAAUGCCUGAAAGAGAUGUGGUUACGUGGACUUGCAUGAUCUCGGGCCUAGUCUCCCUAUCCAAUUUUGUGGGAGCUUUCCUCGUCUUUCGAGAUUUAAUCAUCGACAAGAGCCGAACGCAGCCCAACCCAAUCACCAUCAUAUCCAUAGUGUCGGCCUGCGCCGCAUUGGGUUGCACAAACCUCACCAAAUGCAUGCACUCCUAUCUAGAAAAAUCCGGAUGGCUCGAGCUCGAUGCCUCGAUUGUUAAUUCACUAAUGGACGCAUAUGCAAAAUGCGGGGACUUGUGCUAUUUUCGAAAAGUUUUCGAUAGCAUACUGAUUUCAGAGCGAGACUUGUAUUCAUGGACUUCAAUUAUCUCUGGAUACGCCAUGCUCGGACGUGGGCCCGAUGCCCUCGACAUGUUCUUGCAAAUGGAGAAAGAACGUAAAUUCAUUGCCGAUUCGGUUACUUUUGUUGCGGUUCUGUCCGCGUGCGCCCAUUCUGGUCUGGUCAAGGAAGGUUUACUCAUUUUCGAGUCAAUGGUUACGAAAUAUAAGAUUAAGCCCGAUUUAAAACACUACGGAUGUGUGGUUGACCUCUUGGCUCGGGUUGGUUUGCUCGAGCGGGCUUAUGGUAUUGUCGAAAGCAUGCCGAUGGAGCCUAAUCUGGUGGUUUUGGGAUCCUUAUUGAACGGCUGUAGACUCCACAAUAACUUGGAGAUAGGGAGAGCUGUUUCGAGAAAAAUCGAGAUGUUGAGUGAGAGAGGUGGGGCCCACGUGCUUUUGUCCAAUAUCUAUGCGAACGAGAGCCAAUGGGGUGAAGUUAUGAGUAUCAGGAAAGAAACGAGAGAGAGGAUGACGAAGAAGGGGAAGCCACCUGGUAGAAGCUGGAUACAAAUACAAGACGAAGUCCGUGAGUUUGUGGCCAGAAACAAAAGUGAUGAUCCGGAAGCUAUGGAGCUGCACGUGGUUCUUGAAGGUCUGGAAAAGCUUUCGAGAUUGUAG